CUCACUCUUGCUCAAGCUCACUGAGAAGCUAGAAAACACAUCUCUCUGUGUUUCCCUCACUAGAAGAGGUGGGUUGCUAUGGCCAAGGACAUUGAGGUUGCAGGGCACGGAGACCUCACAUUGAAGGACUACCACGACCCACCACCGGCGCCACUGGUCGACCCUGAGGAAUUGGGGUCCUGGUCCUUUUACAGGGCCAUCAUUGCCGAGUUCGUGGCCACCCUUUUGUUCCUCUACGUUACUGUGUUGACGGUGAUUGGGUACAAGAACCAGACUGAUCCCUACCAUCACGGAAAUGAAUGCAACGGGGUUGGUAUUCUUGGCAUUGCUUGGGCCUUUGGUGGCAUGAUCUUCAUCCUUGUUUACUGCACCGCCGGCAUCUCUGGAGGGCAUAUUAAUCCUGCAGUGACGUUCGGGCUAUUCCUGGCUAGAAAGGUGUCGCUGGUCCGAGCCGUGAUGUACAUGGUGGCCCAGUGCGGGGGAGCCAUCUGCGGCUGUGGCCUGGUCAAGCUAUUCCAGGAUAUUUACUACAUCAGAUACGGUGGUGGCGCCAAUGAGCUCGCCUCUGGAUACAGUAUAGGAACGGGGUUGGCUGCUGAGAUUAUUGGCACCUUCGUUCUUGUCUACACCGUCUUCUCUGCUACUGAUCCCAAAAGAAAUGCAAGAGAUUCCCAUGUGCCUGUUUUGGCACCACUCCCCAUUGGAUUUGCUGUGUUCAUGGUUCACUUAGCCACGAUCCCCAUCACCGGUACCGGAAUCAACCCGGCUCGAAGUCUCGGAGCUGCUGUCAUCUACAACCAACCCAAAGCCUGGAGUGACCAUUGGGUAUUUUGGGCUGGACCCUUCAUUGGUGCAGCCAUUGCAGCAUUCUAUCACCAGUUCAUAUUGAGAGCUGGAGCUGUUAAAGCUCUAGGGUCUUUCAAGAGCAGUUCCCACAUGUAAUGGGGUAAUGCAUUUCAAUCCAUAUGGUCCGACAGGCUCUGCAUUAUAUGAGUUGUACAUUUAGGUGUAUAAUAGUGGUGAGGAUGUGUGACGAAUUUGUGGCCCUGUAGGAGCUUGGCACUUGUUUUGAAUGUGCCCCGGGAUCAUCAUCUGCUCUGUUUUCUUUCCUUUCCUUUCCCUUUUUUGCCUCGUUUUGUAGUAGUGAUGUUGUUGAGAUUAAUUUAUCAACAACUCUGCUCUAAUAAACUCCUUUAUCAGUUCA